GGUGGACAGCCUUCAGGAAGGAUGUCUUUUUGCCACAAUAUAAUUAAUAUUUCCUGUGUGAAAAGCAGCAGGUCAAAUGAUGUUCGUGCUUCCUUGUAUAGUUUAAUGGUGCUCAUAAUUCUGACCACACUCAUUGGCAAUCUGAUAGUCAUUAUUUCCAUAUCACACUUCAAGCAACUUCAUACCCCAACUAAUUGGCUCAUUCAUUCCAUGGCCACCGCGGACUUUCUGCUGGGGUGCUUGGUCAUGCCUUAUAGCAUGGUCAGAUCUGUUGAGCAUGGCUGGUACUUUGGAGAAGUCUUCUGUAAAAUUCACACCAGCACUGACAUUAUGCUGAGCUCAGUAUCCAUUUUCCACUUGUCCUUCAUUUCCAUUGACCGCUACUAUGCUGUGUGUGAUCCAUUGAGAUACAAAGCCAGGAUCAGUAUCUUGGUUAUCUUUGUGAUGAUCUUCAUUAGUUGGAGCAUCCCUGCUCUUUUUGCAUUUGGAAUGAUUUUUCUGGAGCUAAACUUCAAAGGAGCUGAAGAGAUGUAUUACAAAUACAUUCACUGCCUAGGGGGCUGCUCUGUCUUCUUUAGCAAAACAUCUGGGGUACUGGCCUUUAUGACUUCUUUCUAUAUACCAGGAUCUAUUAUGUUGUGUGUCUAUUCCAGAAUAUAUUUCAUUGCUCAAGGACAGGCAAGAUCAAUUCACAAUGCAAAUCAGAAGCUUCAAACUGGAUUGGAAGAAAAAAACAGAAUGUCACAAAGCAAAGAAAGGAAAGCUGCAAAGACUUUAGGGAUUGUGAUGGGAGUUUUCCUAAUAUGCUGGUGUCCUUUCUUUGUCUGCAUGGUCAUGGAUCCUUUCCUGGACUAUAGUAUUCCAUCCACCUUGAAUGAUGCAUUGAUUUGGUUUGGCUACUUAAACUCUACUUUCAAUCCACUGGUUUAUGCGUUUUUCUAUCCCUGGUUCAGAAAAGCACUGAAGAUGAUUCUAUUUGGUAAAAUUUUCCAAAAAGAUUCGUGUAGGUAUAAACUAUUUUUAGAAUCGCGUCCAUAGAAUUAUUAUAUUUACUGCUUACUGUUUUGCAAAACAGGUGGUGAUCAUAUUUAUGAUCACAACAUAAUCAACUACAUGCACCAA